GUCCGAACAGUGCAAAAGCAAAACCCCACUACCCCUUGAUAGCUCCACUGGUAAUGGCUAAACCUCCUCUAUAACCCUUUCAAAACUAGCCAUGUCGUUGGCAAUUUCCACUCUCAGCUCUCCAAACCCAUUUCUCAAACCUCCUCGCUUCUUCGCCUUCAAUCUCUCCUCUCAGACUCGUCUCUGCUCUCCAACUCCUCCUAACCAUGCCCUUCCAUUUCGCUCCUCUUCAAUCUCAACACAAUCAUCGUUCAAUUUGCUACGUUUUUCUACGAGUAGAAGCAUAGGAUUUUCGAAGCGAGGGUUUCGUGCGAGUGCAGAGAAUGGGGAAGAAGGUGAAAGUAAGAGCUUCUUUGAUAAGGCCGAAGAAGAAGCCCGAGGGCACAGUACCAUGCCUGACCGGUUCAGGCCCUUGACCAAGGAAGCCCCAACCCCACCUGUUAGGUGGCCUUGGUUCAUAGCUCUUGCUUUCCUUUUGUAUGCCUGGAGAACAGUCUUGUGGGAGUUGUCCAACUGGAAAAAGGUUUUAUCAAGUAUUACCCAGUUCGUGGGAUACCUCUUAAAACUUGCACUGGCCCUUAUUUUCCAUUUCAUUGGUGAUCCAGUAACUUCUCUGAUCAGAGGAAUAGAAACUACACUUUACACCAUUCGAGCUUUCUACUCAGCAGUGAUAGCAUAUACUCCUAUUCCAGAGCUGACUCUGAUCAUCGUGCUGGUGUCUUCCGUAAUUGCCAUUGCUGAAGCUUCUGUUCCAGACUCUGUAGACAGCCAACCAUACCUUCUUACAGUAGCUGGCUUAAUCGGUUUUGCAGCCGUGAGAGACUUCAUCUCCGAGCUGUCCUUCUGGACGCUCCUAUUGGGAUUGUUUGGUUUUGCUCGGUUUGUUAAGAAGAGGGAUUAUGUUUCUCCUGUGACAGCUACUCCGAAUCCAGAUGUUCUCAUCUGUACACUGAUGUUUUCCAUCGCUGAAACAAAGUUUGGGACGUAGAUUUUGCUGUACCACUUGGCAUAUACCACUCCACUUCCUUUUCCUCUCAUCUUCUCCGAUGCUCAGAUUCUCCAACCUAUAUUUUUUCCUUUUUUCUUUCCACACACUCCUGUUCCCCACUCAACUUUCUUUU